GUUUAUGGGUAAUAUCCAAGAUGGCCGCCGUGUCGUUCAGGGCGUUUCGAUGUAAUGGCGGGUUUAGAGUCGCGCGUGUUCAAGGAUUGUCGCGAUACUAUGCCACGGAGAGUUCAGGGAUGGUACAGAAGCUGAAAAGAUUUGUGAUGGGUGAGGGUGCACCUUCGGACGUAACUCUGCAGACGGAAAAAGAGGCUAGAGAAAGGUACUAUGAGAGAGCAGACAGUGUUGUAGAGCCAGCUAUUUACCAUAUGGACGUAGAGUCUAUUAAAUUGAACAUUGAUGAUAUUGUAAGCAAAUCAUUGCCUAAAGAUGGGUGCGACAUCAAGUCAGAUUUAAGCCUCAAGUUUAAGGUUUUAGAGGAAUGUUACAAAGUAUUUGGUCUACGCAUUCCUAACCCUAAUCUUGGAAAGGUCACUAAUGUGGGUGACAUCUUCAACUACUACAGCUCAUUCAAAAAGCCCAGUGAAAGGACAUUCCCCUCCAUAGAUCCACAAGAUCUCCCUCCUAACCUCACAAUAGGAGGCAAGCUGCCUCGCAAAUAGUCCCUCAGAGCCACACCCUCUUAAUCUGAACAGGGGUGGUUAAAAAACUUGCCAAUAUAGCUACAGUUUUAACCUCCUAACAAGUGCGGCAUUUGUCUGGAACCCAGUAGUAAGGGUAUACAGGACGUGAGGGUAGACAGGGAUAUCGAAUUUAUGAAAUCAUAUUCCAGGAAUGACCUUAACACUUAUAGUUUUACAAAGAAGAUAAAAGAUCAUGCAUUAUUUUUGUGUGGAAAUUGAUCAGGAGAUACUGUAAGGCCAUAAAAAUUUCCCUGAGUAUGCUGUUAACAUUAUUGUAAAGGAGAGUGGGAUAGGGAAGUGUUUUUCACCAUUGCUUAUAAUUCAUCACCAAUUCUUCUGAAUCAGGUACACAAAUUUUGUUACAAAUGUAUAGAAGAAUUCAUUACUUUAAAAAAAAAGCGAUCAUGCUGCCGUACAUAAGGGAAUGACUAAUUCAAGUAAAUACAGUAACUGAGAAACUUUCAACAAACUAAUAAAGUUAAAUACAGUCA